GGCCCUGAGGACCAAGGGGGCGGGGCCGGCAUCCUCCGCGCCUGCGUGGUGGGCGUUCUAGCGAGCAGCUGCCGCAGCCGCCGGAACCUCGGCGUUCGGGUGUAGAAUUCAGAAUCCCUGCUCCCGGUUAACAAUGAAGCAGAGUUCCAACGUGCCGGCUUUCCUCAGCAAGCUGUGGACCCUGGUGGAGGAAACCCACACCAACGAGUUCAUCACCUGGAGCCAGAAUGGGCAGAGUUUUUUGGUCUUGGAUGAACAAAGAUUUGCAAAAGAAAUUCUUCCCAAAUACUUCAAGCACAAUAACAUGGCCAGCUUUGUGAGACAACUAAAUAUGUAUGGCUUCCGAAAAGUAGUACAUAUUGACUCUGGAAUUGUAAAGCAGGAAAGAGAUGGCCCUGUUGAAUUUCAGCAUCCUUACUUCAAACAAGGCCAGGAUGACUUGUUGGAGAAUAUUAAAAGGAAGGUUUCGGCUACAAAACCAGAGGAAAAUAAAAUUCGUCAGGAAGAUUUAACAAAAAUUAUUAGUAGUGCUCAGAAGGUUCAAAUAAAACAAGAAACUAUUGAGUCCAGACUUUCAGAAUUAAAAAGUGAGAACGAAUCCCUUUGGAAGGAGGUGUCAGAAUUAAGAGCAAAGCACGCACAACAGCAACAAGUUAUUAGAAAGAUUGUCCAGUUUAUUGUUACAUUGGUUCAGAAUAACCAACUUGUGAGUUUAAAACGUAAAAGGCCUCUACUUCUAAACACUAAUGGAGCCCAAAAGAAGAAUCUAUUUCAGCACAUAGUCAAAGAACCAACUGAUAAUCACCAUCAUAAAGUUCCACACAGUAGGACUGACGGUUUAAAGGCGAGAGAACGGAUUUCAGAUGACAUAAUUAUUUAUGAUGUUACUAAUGAUAAUGCAGAUGAAGAAAAUAUCCCAGUUAUUCCAGAAAGUAAUGAGGAUGUUAUAUCCGAUCCCUCCAGCUGUAGCCAAUACCCUGAUAUUGUAAUUGUUGAAGAUGACAAUGAAGAUGAGUAUGCACCUGUCAUUCAGAGUGGUGUUCAGAGUGAACCAGCCAGAGAGUCCUUAAGUUCAGGCAGUGAUGGCAGCUGCCCUCUCAUGUCUAGUGCUGUCCAGCUAAAUGGCUCAUCUAGUCUGACUGCAGAAGAUCCUGUGACCAUGAUGGAUUCCAUUUUGAAUGAUAAUAUAAACCUUUUGGGAAAGGUUGAGCUGUUGGAUUAUCUUGACAGCAUUGAUUGCAGUUUAGAGGACUUCCAAGCUAUGCUGUCAGGAAGACAGUUUAGCAUAGACCCGGAUCUUCUGGUUGAUCUUUUCACUAGUUCUGUGCAGAUGAAUCCCACAGAUUACAUCAAUAAUACAAAAUCUGAGAAUAAAGGAUUAGAAGUUACCAAGAACAAUGUAGUUCAGCAAGUUUCAGUGUCAGAAGAGGGAAGAAAAUCUAAGUCUAAACCUGAUAAGCAACUUAUCCAGUAUACUGCCUUUCCACUUCUUGCAUUCCUUGAUGGGAACCCUGCUUCUGCUAUUGAACAGGGAAGUACAACAUCAUCAGAAGUUGCACCCUCUGCAGAUAAACCUGUAGAAGUUGAUGAGCUGCUUGAUAGCAGCCUGGACCCAGAACCAACCCAGAGUAAGCUCGUUCGUCUAGAACCAUUGACUGAAGCCGAAGCGAGUGAAGCCACACUGUUUUAUUUAUGUGAACUUGCUCCUGCACCUCUGGAUAGUGAAAUGCCUCUUUUAGAUAGUUAAAUCCCCAGGAAGUGGACACUACAUGUAUAUAUUCAUCAAAAUGAUGAACUAUUUAUUUUAAAGUAUCAUUUGGUACUUUUUUGUAAAUUACUUUUUUUGUUUAUAAUCAGAUACUGUGGAAUAAAAGCAUCUUUUGCUUUUCUGACUAACCAUACUCUUGCAAAGCUUUCAGAUGUUACUCAGCUGUCUAGGUAUGUAAACAUUAAUACACAGUACUGGUAUAUCUUUAAGUUGGAUUCAAAUGACCGUUUUUUCCAAUUGUAAUUUGGAUUUAUUUUUUAUAAAUGUGACCAUUAAUCCCAGUUAAACUUGUUUUACUUGUUCAAUGCUAUUCUCAGUUAAGUCUCCAGAACUAAAGGUAGCCCACCUAAAGCUUUUCCUGGUUCAGUUACUUUUAUUAUUUUUUCACUUAUUUUAUAAACUGGGAACAUGAAGUGCCUGUAUCUUGUAAUAUUUCAUGUCUCUCUUGGUUCAGAGAAACUCACUUAUGUUCAGAGAAGCUUAUUCAGGUUCAACAGAAAAGGCAAAGUGUACACAAGUAAUGACUGUUUGGUAUGGUUUCAGCUUCAUAAAGAAUAUAGAGACAGGUUGGAGUUAAUUAACCCCAUCCACUUAGACUAGAUGUAAGGAAAGGUUUUCUGACUUGUGUUCUUUUAAACCAUGCUAUUUAGUAAAAUAAAUAUAAUAAAUAUUGAAUACUAGUAUUUGUUAUGUGUUGUCUUUAGAUGUGAUGCUCUCAAGAUUUUUUUUUUUUUUCCUCAUAGGAAGGAGGUGUUUUUAAGCUGUAGGCGCUAUCCAUUUUUAUCUCAAUAUGCGUCAUAUCAAGAUCUUUCUGUCUCAUCUGAAAAAAUAGACUGUAUAUUGCAGUAAGGGAGGAAUAUGAUGUUUCUCAUUUUAAUUUAUUUUAAUUUUCUUUGUUUAAAAUUAUAUUGGCUUACUUUCUAUGUUUCUAAUAAAGAACUGAGAGAAGUAUGCCUCUCACUGUUGCAAAUAAGGUAAGAACAUCAUCACUGGAUGUCACCAAAUGCUUACAUAAUUUUGCCCUGAGACCAGAGAAUCAAAUCAAUUUGCCCCUUUGGGACAAUUAGAAGAAUUAGAGAAGCUUUAACUUUAAGACAAGGGCACUUUAUCACUUGAUGAAAUGCACCUUCAGGCAGAGGGCUAGGUGGAGUGCAGUUAAUACCUGAAUAUUGUAUAGGAUUAUGCAAU